AUGUCUCGUAGAGGUAGAGGUAGAGGAGCUAGAGGUACCAAUGACCUCAUGGAACGCAUGGCUCAGAUUCUGGAAGCAAUGGUGCAUAAUCAAGGCGGAGAGCCGGCUGAGUAUCGAGGGUUAUCUGCCUUUGCUAAGCAUGAUCCUCCAGAGUUUGAGGGUGGAUUCAACGCCGAAGGAGCUCAACGAUGGGCUGAGGACUGGUCGAGGUUUGCCGAUCAGACCCUGCCACAGGAAGAUGGCUACAUCCAAUGGGAAGCAUUCAAGAUCAUCUUCCUAGGGAACUACUUUCCCCGAGAUCUAAGGAAGCAGAAAGAUAAGGAGUUCCUUGAGCUAAAGCAAGGAAACAUGACCGUGGGGGAGUAUACAGCUAAGUUCCAAGAGUUAAUGAAGUACUGGCCUCAUUAUCAGUAUGGUGAUGGAGAGGAGGAUCUGUGUGCUUAG